GGGGCGGGAGAGCGGCCGGGCCCCGGAACGGGAGAGCCCCGGGCUUUGGUGCUUCUUGUUGUUGUUGUUGUCGUUGUCGUCGCCGCCGCGGCCCCCACAGCGGCCCCUCCGCUCGCCCCUCGCCGACAUGUCCAGCCCUCAGGAGCCUCCGCAGCAGCAGCACCAGCACCACAACAACAACAACCCGCCGGCCGAGGCGACGCAGGGCGAGCCGGGGCUCAACAGUUCCUGGGUGGAGCUGCAGAUGAACGGCAACGGCAACAGCACCGACAACGGCAACGGCAAGAACGGGGGCCUGGAGCACGUCCCUUCCUCCUCCUCCAUCCACAAUGGGGACAUGGAGAAGAUCCUGCUGGAUGCCCAGCACGAGUCAGGACAGAGCAGCUCAAGAGGUAGUUCCCACUGUGACAGCCCUUCACCUCAAGAUGAUGGACAGAUAACUUUUGAUGUGGAAAUGCACACAAGUAAAGACAGUAGUUCUCAGUCCGAAGAAGAAGCAGCAGAAGGAGAGAAAGAAUUGGAAGUUUUGAAGAAAAGUGCAGACUGGGUGUCAGACUGGUCAAGUAGGCCUGAAAACAUUCCUCCCAAGGAAUUCCAUUUCAGACAUCCCAAACGUUCAGUGUCUCUAAGUAUGAGAAAAAGUGGAGCAAUGAAAAAAGGUGGCAUUUUCUCCGCAGAGUUUCUUAAGGUUUUCAUUCCAUCUCUCUUCAUAUCUCAUGUUUUGGCUCUGGGAUUAGGCAUCUACAUCGGGAAGCGCCUGACCAGCCCCUCCGCCAGCACCUACUGAGGCCCCGCUGGCUCCUCGAGCCCGCCGAGCCCACCCCGAGCAUGCCCUGCCCCGCCCUCCCCUCCCCGGGCCUGGCUGUGGGGUGGGACUCUCGAGGUGUUUGGCUGUCCCCUGUCCCCCCCGUGCCCCCCUGGCCUGCAGGGCCCGCUCGGCGAGCGGGGAAGUUCCCGACGUGUCUCCCGUUGUUGCAAGGGCUUCUCUCUCCGCGCCAAAUCGCCACCAGCAAGUUCCCCUCCUCUCCUGACUCCUGGGAGCGUUGGUGAUGGCACAGCCUCUCUGCGAGGAAGUUGGCUGAUUGAGGUGGCAAAGAGUUGUUCCCAGCUGGUUGUGGAAUAAAAAAAAAAACACAAAAAAACUUAAGAAAUCACUGGCAAUAAAACCCCGGUUCACUCUGGCCCCUUGUAUUGGCUCACGGGCACCCUUUGAUUCGCAGGAGGCAAAAGAGACUGCGUCAAUUUGCGAGUAGGACAGCUAAAUCCAUCGGCAUAUUUUAAUAUUAGGUGAUUGUUGUAAUCUCGUCUUUUCUAUGGAGUCGGCUCCUUGUUCCUCGUAGGAAAAAAAAACCUGUCUGAUACCUAGAAAAAAAAUAUUAGGAAAAAAAAAAGGAAAAAAAAAAAUUGCGUUGUUUGCAUGUGAAGAAGACUUUAUUUUUUUUUUUUUUUUUUUUCCGUUUCCUUAACCUGUUUUCUUAAGGGGAAAUUUUAAAUGUGGAAUUUUCCUUUGAAAAGUAGUUUCGAAUUAAGGCAAAAACCCAACAGCUGUAGGUGUAGUUAUGUGUUAAAGGAAAUGACUCUUGUUUGUUGUGGAACCAUUUACAACCCAGAUGAAAUGGCAGUUCCAGCGAGAAAACGUUUGAUUUCUCGUUUUUUGCUUUCUCACGAAGGGGGACAAUCCUGCAAGGUUGCAUGAAAGGUUCAGAAGUCGGGGAGCUCUGGAAUGUCUUCUGCAGAUGAAUUUUUUUCCGAUAUCUCCUCUCGUUGUUUACUGUACAAUCUCCUUUUUGGGGAUACUUGGAAACCUGAAAGUCACUCGUGGUGUCUCAUCUUAGGUAGACCCUCACUGAUGUCGUUGAACUUUUAUCUUAGGGAACAUGAUUAAGCCUUGUCCUCCUUGGGUGACACUUCUUUUCAAAAUGUGAAGCUUUAGUACCAAAUUGUUACAAAGCAUCGGGACACUCGUGUCCUUAAACAGAUUUUAUUGGAGUUCAGGACAUGUAGCAUGACUCUGGAGGAUAGAAUACUUCUCUUUUUAUAUAUAUAUAUAUGAAUAUAUCAAAAAAAAAAAAAAAUAUGAUAUAGACUUUAAUACUAAGUAUUUAGGGAACCAAUGCUAAUUUUAAGACUAGCAAAAAAAUGAAAUGAAAAACUUUAGUUGGCUGAUUUGUAGAAGAUUAAAGAAAUCUAGUCAGCCAGUUUGGAGAGAACAGCUACCUUUAAUUGUUUGCUUGCAUCAGACUUUAUAAUAAGUUGAUUCUUUGAUAGAGCAGUGAUUGCUUGAACCAGUUGAUGCGUAGAAGCUAAAGCCCAGCUGAGAUGUGGUUUACAAAAAAAAAAACUUAGUUAGCUCCCAGGAAGUAAAAAAAGUGAAGUAUGAACCCACUGCUAAAGUGUAUUUCUCUUUAUUCUCUAUUUCUGAAUGCUGUCAGACAAUGCUUUGGGGGUGACAGGGCAGCCUAACAACAAAUUCUCUGGAAUAAUCUGCUUUUUUUGGUUUGUUUUUUUUUUUCCUUUUAGUGGCACUUGAGUUGCCUCCAAGUGUGUAUUUGUUCCAGGCUGGAGAUUGGGUUUCACCCAGAGGUGGGGGAGGGAAGGGGGGAAGUGUUUUAGAGAGCACCAAGCACUUCGUUUUUACAGCCCUAAAAACCAGGGGAGGGCAGAAAGGCUGAAACCCUUUCAGUUCUAACACAGCACCUUGUUUUGUACGGAAAUUGGAGUAGUGGGAAAACCAGAUUUUUACUAAGCAGGGAGUACUUUUUAAAGAGAAAAAAAAAAAAAACAACACCAUUUGUGAAUUAAUUCUUCAGGCUGUCUGCUAAAUAACAUUGCAAGCUUGUGGCUGGAGUAUCAACCCCAAAAAAGAAGUAUAAAUUGUGCAAACUAGAGCUGAGGUCACUGUAACACUCGCUGGGACACACUGCAGUAUUUACUGACAAAUAAAUAAGCUCUGGAGGAAAGGCCCCAACUUGGGAGUUUUACAACGAACAGCAACAGAUCGUUGUUGCAUCGUUUGAAGAAAAAAAAAAGGGGGGGUUCAACUCCCCACAGUUGGAAGUUUUGUUAAGAUAAAUGUUGUUUUAAAAAAAAAAAAAAAAGAAAAAAAGAAAAAAAAAAAGAAGCUUUAUACCUGUUUACAGUUUUGGAAAAAACUUUAAAAACAAAAAAAAGCUACAAAAAAAACCACACCGAGUUCGGCUUCGUUUUUUUCUUACCUGGCCUCGACUAUUUGUAAAUAGGAUCAAGAAACAAAACAAAACAAACCGCAUAAACUCGCACACACACGAGAAGCUCAGCAGGCUGACCUAACUGCAGCAAGUGGCAUCUCUACUUAACCGUUUCCACAAGUGAAAAGCUGAAGAUUGUUAGCCAUUCUUUUUUUCUUUUUGUUGUUGUUGUUGUUUUUUAAUUGAGAUAUUGGAGUUAACUGAGCCAAAGUGAUUAUGCAUUCUUCAUAAAUUAGUUAGCACUUUGUAACAUUAUCUACAGUUUACAUGUAUAAGUUGUAGCUUAUUAUGAACAUUUUGUGCCAUUAAAAAGCUCUCACAAAAAAAAAAAAACGCUUGUCUGAAAUCGCUUCGUGCUGCACCUCCCUGGGUUUUUCUUUCUCUUCUUUUCCCUUGUUGGUUUUUUUUUACAGGAUAGUUUUGUAUCAUGUUUUAUGUUCCAAAAAGCUGCUGUUUAGAGACUGGGAAUCUUUUUUUUUUUUUUGGAAAGAUUGCUUGGGUUUGUUUGGUUUUUUAUUAUUAUUAUUAUUUUUAGUGACCUGAAGCACUUCAUAAAAAUAUUCCCCUUGCCCAGGAAAAGUCUGGAAACAAAAAUAUUCCAGUGGCAAAUGAAAUGUAAAGUGGGAUUGGUGAGAUUCUGUGUAACUGGUGGACUCUGUUGUACCCCUUGUAUUUCUCUUCUGUUCCCCUCAUUCUGUUAAAUUUGCAGAUUAAAGAGUAAGGGACACAAACCCUGAUUGUU